UUCAUUUGAAAACAAAAAGAUGUUGAGUUUACUGGUUAACCUUUUUGUCUGUUAAUUGUUACAAUUACUUAACUAUUGAUUAAUGGAUACAAGUACAUUGAUCUUCAUUAUCCUGCCGAUUGUGGCCUGUACGGUGACCAUAAUCAACUAUAAUCAUGAGGCUCCAAUCGAUCCGACAAUGACUGGAUUAACACUUGUUGGAAUACUUUUAUUUUAUAAAGCUCCAUUAUACUCAAAAAGUACAAGUUUCUAUUAUAUUUGCUCAGUUACUCUGGGAUGUCUAGGAACCAAUCUCAUACUAUUUUUUAUAAUUAGUCGUUUUUUGCCAAAGAAACUUGCCGCUGCUUCAUUAUUCCUAAGCUGGGGAACCUUAGGAUUUGUUUAUCGGCUGUUCAAAAACAGAAUAUUCCAAUUAUUUUAUAAUUAUGGAACAUACAUCGCCGUGUACACCAUGUUUUCCGCUGUGAUAGCUCUUGCCUAUGCUUAUCGUUAUGGUCCUCCCACUCACCCGAAGACUUUAAAUUUAGUACAAUGGACAAUCCAAUUCAUAUCUUUGUCCUUAAUCUUGCUGUCUAAUCCAAUUCAACUGGUUGGACUUUCAUUGUGUGCACUAAUUGUUAUCCAUUACAACUUUAGUCAUUUCUGGCCGAGACUAACUUCACGUUUAAAGCCAUUAGAACCAAGGUCAUUAUUAACUGAAGAUGAAUUUUAUCUGCAAGGAUUAUUAACAACUCAGAAGGAGCUCAAGAAAUUACGUGAUUAUUGUCGAUCACCUGAUGUUGAUCCAUGGAAAGUUGUUAACAAAUUGAAAACUCCUGACAGAUUCGCCAAAUUCAUGGUCACUGGUGACGAUGUGGGGGAGGAAGAAAGGUCCAUCUAUGAUACUUCCUGUUUCGAUGAUUCUGAUGAGAUGAUUGAAGAUAUGGAUACCACCGGGGAUUUGGAAGGAGAUGAAGAAAGAGAAAGUGAAAUUGGUCCUGGUGGAGAUACGAUAAUGUUUGAUGCGAGCUAUUCAAAUAGCCAUCGAAAUAGUGAAAUUAAUCCUCAACACUCAAGCGACAAUCGCCUUAUAAUCAAUGAUAAUCAACCGAGAAAUUUGUUUACUAAUCUAAAUCAAAGUGUCAAAAUAAAUGAGAGCCAAAAAAUUUUCAAUUAGACAAAUAAAUUGGAUUAUUCAACAUAUUGUACAAAAUGUUCAAAAGAUUAACCAAAUCAAUCAUCUCUAACUGUUCAUCAUCUAUUAACUAUUAAAUUAAUAAGUGAACUAUUAUUUGAUCACCUUAA